AUGCAUCAGCGAACGUAUACAUACGUCCUCGCACCUAGAUGGGACUUUCGUCCAGAUGGCCCCAUUGCCCUCGGAAACAUCAUCGUCGAUCCAUUCAGACCACACCGGGUCCUGACAAGACCUGACCCAGACAUCCCGACUGCUCCCAUCGAAACGGUAGUCGAAACCGACUGGUCGCUACAUCACCAAAGAGAGAAUGGCGUCAAGUCAAGCAUCUGGACCCACUUCCUCAACGCCAUGGGCGUCGAUCUCGGUUUUGAGGGUAGCAGGUCACUUGAUGCUGACUACACUGUCGACUCCCUGACAACCAGCUACUUCAGGGACGAGCCCUCCCACGAAGAGAUCAUUCGACGGACCCAAGACGGCAAGAUCCGAGAUCUGAUGCGUCUGGAUAGUGUAUUUUCCAAGCCCGUCUAUAUGAUCACGGGCGUCAAGAUUGCGAAGGGAUUUCGUGUAUCUGAAAGCCAUUCCAGCUCCAAGGAAGCAAAUGCCGGGGGUAAAGCCGGUACAUCGGGAACGGUUAUUGGCGAUGUCAGUGUUGGCACGGACAAUAAGAUCUAUUCGAAGGAAUCAAACAAUCAUCAGGGGAAGAGCGAAAAUGAUAUUGUGUUCGCCUUCCAGCUUAUGAAGAUCGUGCCGAAGGGGUGGAAAAACAAGUCCUUCGAUGUGCAGGACUUCUACCCUAAGGCUGCUCUGCUGCUGGGCGAUGAAGAAGAAGUUGAGAACGAGCUCGAUGUGUCUUAUGCCACAGCGGCGGAUUUCGCCGAGUCUGACCUGGAUAUUCAGUUCAAUAUGACUGAGCUACAUGAUAGCCAGGGUACGUUCAAGUGUGUUACUGCCAAGGCGUGAGUUGAGUGAAUGGCUCAUGUAUAUUUUGUUCUAAUGGCGUUUCCUCUCUGCUGUAAUUAAUAUGUGCUUCUCAUUCUUGGUUUCUGU